AUGACCGUGGCAGUGGACCUGUUUAGCCAGGCAAAGUCGCACAGCAGCGAGGGGCACUUGUGGGCCGCUGAUGCCGCAACGUUCAUGGAGGUUCCCGAGACGCCGCGUGUGCUUGCAGACUCGCAGUGCUAUCUCGCCUACACCAUGAAGAAACGGCAUGUGCUGCGCGUUGUACAGCGUGCUGACCUCAAGAAGGGCACUGUGCGGCUCCAUACCACGCCGAUCCAUGCGGUGCGGUUCGUGAACUAUCGCAGCAACGUUGCAGCUUCCGCCGGUGAGGGCGAGUUCUUCGUGUGGGUCGUGACAGACGAGGAGGAGUGCAGCACUGGUAAGCCGAGCACUGACGCGCGCCUCACAGUGAAGGUAUACUUCAAACUUCAGGACCCUAUCACCAUUCCGUGUUUCGCCUUUUUCAUAAACGCCGAGAGCAAGCGGCCAGAUCUGCUCAUGCUGUAUGACACGCAGGCGUCAAUUCUCGAGAGCUCUGCUCUCAUUGCACGCUACGGAGGGGAACCGCUGGAGGCCACGUUGGAGCGCAACGGCAGGACACUACGGACGCUAAGCCGCGCGGCGGGUGAGGGCAGCCUGUGCUCUGUCGGCUCAGACGGCUGGUUCGCCUUCACGACGGGGCCGACGAUGGUGGCGGCAUGCACACUGCAGAACCGCAGCACCCCGUCGUGGCUUGUCACCGAGGGCGAGCCGGUGACGGCGCUGCACCUCCUCGACACCGCAAAGGAGGAGACAACGGCCAUAUUAGUGGCUGCGUCCGCGCAGGCGGUGUACCAGUGGUCGCUCACCGGCGUGGCGGAGCCAAGUCUGCUGCGCAAGUUCGUCGUGCAUGGGUCCAUUGUCGCGAUGGAGAGCUCACGUGAGAGCUUCGCUGUGUUUGACGACAAGCAGCAGUUGGCGCUGGUGACUAUGCAGUCUCCCAACAAUUUUACGUGCACUCACUACGCGAUGCCGUGUCAGGUUCGGCGCGGUGGUAUCUGCUUUAACCGUGUUGGUGAGAGCAGCUGCGUGCUUGCCGACAAGUCUGACAGGCUGACAGUGUUUCACUUGAAGGCCUCUUCGUCGUCCGCUGCCGCUGGAGAGCAGGGUAAGGUUCAGGAGCAGGAGCAGGAGCAGGAGCAGCAGCAGGUUUCAAAACCCGCGCCGGUGGUGACUACGGCGCCUGCGGCGACAACUGUAACGAAGAAUUCUGAGCACCGCACAGGAAACAGUAUCAUUGCAAACUUGGUGAACCAGCUCGGACUUCGGGGGUCUCCGUCCAACCCCGCCGCCGCUGCUGCUGCUGCUUCUGCUGAGAUGGCGGCGGCGGUGGUGACGGCACCUGCUGCGCCUCAGCGUUCAAGCCCGUAUGGACACAGCAGCCGCCCCGUGACAGCUGGUUUAGCUGCUACGGGUGGCAGCAGUACAUCACCGUCGUCAGCAACUGCAGCGGCUGCAACAGCAAUUACAGACGCACUAGCAGCAUCGACUGGAGAAGGAGCUGCUGCUCCUGUGACACGUCCGGCACUUCAUAACGCCACACUCCCACAGGCACCGACAGACGGUGUUCUGGCUGCUGCCGUCCACCAGUCCGAGGAUGAAGUGCGAGAAGCGCUGGAGCAGCUGGAGUCCGCUAUGGCCAACACGGCCCAGAUUCUGCAGCUGGUUCCCGAAACCGUUCGGCGCGACCACGAACAGUUGUUGAAUCUCAGCUUAGAGGCCCAGAUGACAGAGCUCCAGCAAACGCUGCAUACAACCCUGCCACAGCAGCAGGCUACAGGUGGCGCGAGAACGUCGGUGUUCGGCACCUACGCGAUCAUGAUGAUAAUGGAUUCACUCUCCCGCAACAUAGCGAAGGGCGUGACACGUGGUGUGGAAGAGGCGAUGACGCUGCACCUUGACCACGAGGUGCGGCACGCCAUAGGAAACCGCGUGCGCAACACGCAGAAGCAGACCAUCAAGAAUCGCCUGGACGAACUGCUGAAGGAGAGCACCUCCCAGUUUGCGUCGCAGGUGGAGCAGACGGUGCAGAGUUUGGUGAAGCGCGAGCUCGCGGAGGUGCUUGGUGGCAUCAACACCUCCCUCACAACGCUGGUGAAUGAGAACAGUCGCCUCCAGGAGGAGCUGCAAUCUAUUAUGUCCAGCGGUGUCGUGGAGGAGCUGCGCCAUACUCGUGAGGAGCUGCGCACGCUGCGGGAGUCCGUUUCGAAUCAACAGGCAAUGUCGGCUGGUGCUGCGGCGUCGCUGCACGCAACGAGCGCCUUUCAAGGCCAGCGGCCCACACCGGAGACGAUUCUCUCUACCGCGCAGUUAUUCAUGCGGGAGCAGCAGAAGUACCGUCAGGGGUUGGAGUACCUCCUCCUUGUUAACCAGGCACCACUGCUUCUGAAGUUCCUCACAACGCUUAACCGGGAGCACGAAGGUACGUACUCUGAGCUCAUUGAGGAUGCGGCGACGCCGAACGAGGUGUGGUGCCAAGUGCUGCUGCAGCUUGUGGAGGCGGCGACAACAACUGAGGAGAAAGAGUCCGUCGUGAGCGUCGCGAUCGACAUCCUCUCGGAGCGUGAGCGGCUGCUGCAGAGUGGUGCGCAGGCGGCGAAAGUCGCUGCGGCAAUGCGGGCGUUUGGGCGCCAGGCGCGGGCGGAGGCGACGAGCGCCUCCUUCCUGCAGUGCCUAAAGAACUUAGAGAAGCUGCUGCAGUAG